AUGGCCGCCGCCGCCUUCCCAACAACGGACCCUCCCCGAGACCCCUCUCGGGGUCCCCCCCGGCGCCGCCGCCGCCCCCGCGGCCCCCCCAACCCCCUGUUCGCCCGAUGGCUCCGGGAGUGGCGGGACGAGGCCCAGGGCACGUGGGCGAGGGGCACCUACGAGAGGGCCCUGCGCUCGCUGUCCCGGUUCCCGCUGCGGCUCCGUUCCGGCCGUUCCGCCUCCAUCCUGCAGCACUUUGGCCCCGCCCUCUGUGAGCGCCUCGACCAACGGCUGCGCCAGCACCGCAUGGAGCAAGGCCUCCCCCCAACUCCCCCCCCAGAGGGGCGGGACCCGGAGCCCCCCUCGGCUCCCCCCAAACGCCGCCCCCGCGAGUUCCGGCCCCUCCCCCGCUCGGGGGCUCACGCGCUGCUGGUGGUCCUGGGACAGAGCCCAGAGCCCCUCCCAGAGGCGGAGCUUCUGCGCCAGGCCCGGCCCCUCUGCGACCACCCCCCCACCGCGGGGGCUCUGGGUGCCCUCCUGCGCCGGGACCUCCUGCAGCGGAGCGGCCGCCCCCCCCGGUAUGCCCGGACCCCCCGGGACCCCCCUGAACCCCUCCCCCGAACCCUCUGGGACCCCUCUGAGCUCCCCAGGACCUCCCUGAGCCCCCUGGGACCCCCCUGA